UCCUUUUGGCACGCUCCCCCACCCCUCUUAGCUAUCGUCACCCGUGCACGCGCAGGCAACAUGUCGUUCAACGACUUGGAAAGGGGAAACUCGCCUCCACCGUCGGCGGGCCUGCAAGGUCAGUCGCACCUCUCCAAUCCGUCUUCCUCGCAACGCUCCUCGCGGGGUUCCAGCAGGGGGCCCCUGCCCCUAUACCAUGCCCCGCCGUCCUCCAAGCGACCAAUGGCUGACCCACCGAGCGAUGCAGAAUUCAAGAAGCUGGCCGACCGCAUUGGCAUCCAGCUCUUCAAGCUGCAGUCCAACGUCGCAGGCAUCGAAAAGCUCGUCGACCUGCAGGAAAAGGCCCUCAGGACCAGCAGCGACGACACAAAGGCCAGUCGCGACUGGACCAAGCAAGUGCACGAUCUGACGGAGACGACACGGGCUUUGGUCAAGGAUCUCUCAACAUCAAUCAAGACGCUUUCGACGACCUACCCUCCAUCCUCUUCGACGCUCAACUCAGCAGACAAAUUCACUGCCUCGCGACUGCAACGCGACUUUGAGACAGCCCUCAAUCGCUUUGCCCAUGUACAGCGGCGUGGCGCAGAGGUGGGCAGGACCGCUCUGCAGGGCGCGAGGGAAGAGCGAGAGAGAAGAGCGAGGAGUGCCGCGGCCUCGUCUGACGAGAACCAAGUUGCGAUCGAUGAGGACAGAUCAGCGGGUACACAAGAAGAGCAGCAACAACAACAACAGCACCUUCUGGAGAGACAACAGCAGGCAGACGCCGGUCCUUCCUUGGCCGAGAUCGAAUUUCAAGAGACGCUCAUCGCCGAGCGGGAAGCCGAGAUUCGAGAAAUUGAAGGGGGCAUUCACGAGCUUAACGAGAUCUUCCGAGACCUGGGCCACAUCGUCCAGGAGCAGGGCGGCAUGAUUGACAACAUCGAGUACAAUGUCUCGACCAUCGCUACCAACACGGGCGCAGCAGAUCGCGAACUUGUCUCGGCCCACGAGUACCAGCGGAAGGCAGGGCGACGAGCUGCUUGCCUUCUCCUCAUCGUCGGUUUCGUCAUCGCUGUUGUCCUUCUGGCCGUGCUCAAUUGAUAAACUCCAUCCCCUUUCUCGUGGCGGACAUUGUAUGGUAUGAUUGCUCUAAUUGGAAAUGGUUGCUAUU